AUGUCCUCCUACUACCACUACAAUGCUCACCAGCACCCAGCAACUCAGAAUCACGCGGGCCGCUCCCGUAGGGCUCCUCGUCUCUCUACAUCCCAAAACUCUCAUAAGCAGUUCAGGGGAGUGCGCAGCAUGAAGGAACUGACGGACACAGCUUCCAUCACAACUUUUCGACAGAAGUUUGAGGCUGGAAGGUCCUUUGACUUGGAUGAUGACAUGGAGUUCUGCCCCGGGUUGUUGACGGAGAGCGAUAUGCAAUCGAUACACUCGGUUUCCGAUAGGUCGUCGCUGUCAAGCGGCUCCCCCGAGUCAUCACCAACACAACAAGCACAACAAGUCACGGCGCCAUUUCCCCUCAACUCCGCGUCGAAUCCAUACGUUCCGUCAGGCUACCAGCCAUCAAACAUGAAGGUGCAUCAGCCAGCACCGACACGGGUGCGCAACGCUAUCCCGAUCGUCAACCCAAGCACAAGGAUGUCGAGCCCGCCGUCAUCGGUAUCGCCUAGCAGGAUGCACCCACAACAACAACAAAAUCUUGGUCGUCGAUGGUAA